GCGCCGCAUAUUUAUGUUUGCUCCAUCAGAAGUUGAAGAAACCUGACCGGCACCAUCAUCUUCUCUCGGGAGAGCAACUUUUUCGCAUUCGGUCGGUAGAGUUUCCUGAAUAUGAGUAAGCUUCAGAGUGAAGCUCUUAGAGAAGCUAUCUCGGGGAUCUAUAGUGAUUGCAAUGAGAAAAAACGGAAUUUCACUGAGACCAUUGAACUCCAAAUUGGGUUGAAGAAUUAUGAUCCCCAGAAAGACAAGCGUUUCAGUGGUUCUGUUAAGUUGCCACACAUUCCUCGUCCGAAGAUGAAGGUCUGCAUGCUUGGUGAUGCACAGCAUGUGGAAGAGGCAGAGAAGAUAGGCCUGGAUUAUAUGGAUGUGGAAGCGUUGAAGAAGCUUAACAAGAAUAAGAAACUGGUCAAGAAACUGGCAAAGAAGUACCAUGCCUUUUUGGCUUCAGAAGCUGUAAUUAAGCAGAUCCCCCGUCUUCUAGGCCCUGGUCUAAACAAGGCAGGGAAGUUCCCAACGCUGGUUACCCAUCAGGAAUCUCUGGAAUCUAAGGUCAAUGAGACAAAGGCCAUGGUGAAGUUCCAACUAAAGAAGGUCCUUUGCAUGGGUGUUGCCAUCGGCAACGUCAGCAUGGAAGAAAAACAGGUUUUCCAAAAUGUUCAGCUGGGCGUGAAUUUCCUUGUUUCCUUGCUGAAGAAAAACUGGCAGAAUGUCAAGUGUCUGCACUUGAAAAGCACAAUGGGAAAGCCAUAUCGCGUUUUCUAAGCCAUUUUGCUCAAUCAUUUGAAGAGUUUUGUAGGCAGAGAAUUAGCCGGAUUCCGGUGGUGGCUGGUUGGGAUGGUUCUCUCUUUUGGUUUGUUUUUUCCUCAAAGAUUAUGCUAUUCAAUACAUCUAAAUUUUCGUAAAAUUUGUAUUUCAAAGACAUUGAUUUUUUUUU